CGUAAAAAACUGCAGCCCGGCAGGAGGUUGGACCCCGGGCACCCCGACUACGGCGGGCAUCACCUGGCACACCAGCGCCCGCAGGAUGCCCAGGCUGCAGCGGCAGCAGCAGCAGUUCCAGCAGAAGGGCCAUCAGCAGUGGAACCAAGGCGACAGGGUCCUGGCAGGCCCUGUGCCCGCUACCACUGACCAUCGCCGGCCAGCCGGGCUGCAAGCGGUGGUGGAUUUACAGCGCCUUUCACCACUCUGAAACCACAUCAGAACCUGCCUCCCACCAGUCAGUUACAAGAGACUCUCCACCAUCUUGGCUCUCGGACGCCAGAGAGAACCGGCUGCCGAGGUCCUGUUUAGGAUGAAUGUGAUUUGGAGAAACUGCAUUUGCCGUCUGAGGCACGGGAAGGUGCCACACAGACACCAGAGUGGCAGCCACCCAGUAGCCCCUCUGGGGUCAAGGAUUUUAACUGACCCUGCCAAAGUUUUUGAACACAACAUGUGGGAUCACAUGCAGUGGUCUAAAGAAGAAGAAGACGAAGCUAGAAGAAAGGUGGAGGAGAACUCAGCCACACGAGUCUCUCCAGAAGAGCAAGUUAAGUUUGAAAGUGACGCUAACAAAUACUGGGACACAUUUUACCAGACUCAUAAGAAUAAGUUCUUCAAGAAUCGGAAUUGGCUGUUGAGGGAAUUUCCUGAAAUUCUCCCUGUUAGUCAAAACAGUAAAGAGAAAGUGGGAGAAUCAUCCUGGGAUCAAGUCAGAAGCAGCAUCUCAAGAACGAAAGGAACAGAAACCCAACGUCAAGAGAGUUUUGUCUUAUCAGAACCUGGGGGCCCCGCCUUGGAAGAAUACAGCAAAGGACCCAGGAAGACAGAGCAGUUUCCUGGUAGCAAUGCCACUUUUCGAAUACUAGAGGUUGGCUGUGGUGCUGGAAAUAGCGUGUUUCCAAUCCUGAACACCUUGCAGAACAUUCCAGGGGCCUUUCUUUACUGCUGCGACUUUGCCUCUGAAGCUGUGGCGCUUGUAAAGUCUCAUGAGUCUUACAGCGAAGCCCACUGCUCCGCCUUUAUUCAUGACGUGUGUGACGAUGGCUCAGCCUACCCUUUCCCGGACGGGCUCCUGGAUGUCGUUCUCCUUGUCUUUGUGCUCUCUUCCAUUCACCCUGACAGGAUGCAAGCUGUUGUCCACCGACUGUCCAGGCUGCUGAAGCCCGGAGGGAUGCUAUUGUUCCGGGAUCAUGGAAGAUACGAUAAUGCUCAGCUUCGGUUUAAGAAAGGGCGCUGUUUAUCUGAAAAUUUUUAUGUCCGAGGAGAUGGUACCAGAGCCUAUUUCUUUACCAAAGGGGAAGUCCAUCGUAUGUUCUGCGGGGCUGGAUUAAAUGAAAAGCAAAAUCUGGUCGACCAUCGCUUGCAAGUCAAUAGGAGAAAGCAAGUGCAAAUGCACCGAGUAUGGGUUCAAGGAAAGUUCCAGAAACCAUUGCCCUGGACUCCACGGAGCGGAGAUUAGCAUUCACUCCAUCCCGAGGCUGAACCACGUGUCAUGUUAAAGUACGACACCGGGGCAUGAUGUCUUUUAAAGAGUUCUUUUCCGAAGACAGCAGAAGAGCGUCUGCAGCUCUGCCAGUCUGCUGUCAGUGUUCUCAGGACAUCUUAAGAACACAGAUGUGACUUGAAAGAGUGUCCCGUCCUCUGGGGUUUCAGAACUUGAAAAAUAUGUUUGGUUUUGUUUCAUCUAACCAUGUUCCCUUGAAUUGUGUGACUUUGAAUUAAAAGUUGAUAUUAGGCUUAUAGUUUUGAGAAAUGUAACCCAGCCAUGUUUCAGAAGUGGAAAAAUGAUCUACUUUAUUGUUGGGUGUGAUAAAGCAGUCAAACUGCCCUCUGCUGUCAGCGGGAUCAGAGUCACAGUGUGCCCUGUCCUUAGAGGGACUUGUAAGCCCAGGAUGAAGGGUUCCUGCAUUUUGUUUUGUUCUUAUCUAUUUUCUCUUAACCCCUGCCCCCCCCACACACACACACACUAGCAUCUGAAACACAACUUUAGUUUCUCUUCCUUUCCAAAAAAUGGGGAAGUGCGGCUCUUGUUAACAUCACUUCUGGGCUAUUCUUAGAUAUGCAAAUCAUCUCUGAGACUCUGUGUUGUGGUGGCUAGUUUUAAUUGUCAACUUGACACAAUCUAGAAUCACCCAGGAAGAGUCUCAGAUUGUCAGUUGUCUGUGAGAGGUUGUCUUGAUUGUGUUAAUUGAGGUGGGAAGACCUGUCUACUAUGGGCGGUACUUUCCCUGGGGGCGGACCCUAAACCAAGUAAGCGUGGGAAAAGCUGAGCCCUGGCACACCUGUAUUCAUUCCCUCCUGGCUCUUGACUGUGGUGUUACCAGUUGCUUCAAGUUCCUGCCUCCUUGACUUCCUGCUGUAACUGGGUGGAUGGUAACCUGGAGUCCUGGGGCAAAAUAAACCUUUUCUU